AUGCAACCUCAUUGCUCGUCAUGUCGGUGUCUGGGAGAAACUACGUCGAUUUCCGCCUCAUCGCCACUCAACUUAGACGGUAGAGGGAUACCAGAGGCGAUCCGACUCCUCGACGCCCGUAUCGACGUGCUCGUCGCUGAGUUAUGCGACCUUCGCCGCCAGAGGAAUGCUCACAUCCCAGUCAACCGAAUGCCUCCCGAAAUACUCCAAAACAUUUUCCUGCUAUACCGGAACGAUUUCAGUACUGCCGCACUGGAUUGGACCGCUGUUUCUCAUGUCUGCCUUCGCUGGCGGGAGGUCGCGCUGUCCAACUCGAGUCUCUGGGAUAGUCCGGAUUUACGAUUUCCAGAAUGGGCUGAGGAGAUGAUAAAGCGAGCCCGCGGAACGCCGCUGCAUGUUCAAUACUCGCGUCCCCCGCCGACGAUGAACACAUCCGAC